AUGCUGUUCUCGCCAGUGAUGCGCAAUGCCGUUCUCCAGGCAACCGCCAUCUGCACCGUCUCGCUGCUCUACAGCCAUUAUGCCGAAGAAAACAUAUUCGCCGAAGUAACGCAGGAUGAAACAUUCAAGACACUUCUCAACCUUCUCACCAAUGGGACAUUGUCCAAUGCUACCAUUCCUGGUUUAACAGACCAGACUGGCCAAUUAGCAAUCGAUGUCAAACCCACGGUUAACACCUCCGACGGUACCUCGUUCUCCCUUGCCCUCCAGUAUGGCAACGAGACUAGAACUGGACUCAAUGGUACCAGUGGAAUCAAUGGGACUGCAGGUAGUGAGAUAUCGGAAUCUUUCUAUCGGCGAAAGUUGCCAAGAGAAGUGAUCAUUUCACUAGCGCUCGCUAUACUGCAGUAUUGGUGGCUCAUUGGCCUUGAAAGGAUCUUGCCUGCUCGACCGAGAUACCGAGACGCCCCAGCGCAGCAAAAGGAGCAAGUCGAAGAGAGCGAAGAUAGAGAGGAAGAGGUGGUGAAGAAAUGGAUCGCACAGGGCAGAGUGCAUCGAGCGUCAUUGAACUGGCGCAAUACUUUCGUCAAAUGGGUGCUCGACAUGACAGUUGGCAUGCUGUCUAUAUUCACCGUGGAGCAUAUGCUUCGGCAGCUUCUCAAAAUGAAGUCACCAAUGUUGAUCUUCAAGGGCUUGGGUGAACACCUUAUCUUCAACUUCUUGGGCACAUUUUUCUCCGUCACUCCGCUUGUUCGCCUUGCUGCAUUCAUACUCGCUCCAGCCUACAAGCAGAUAAUCUUCAUCGAAGGUAUCCAGCUAGUCUGGACGGUCUUCGCCUUGCAAUUCUUACGCAUAACAGCCUCAUGGGCAGUCAAAACGGAGUUUAUCCAGACCUUCAUGCAGAAUAUGACCAGAGAGCACGAGGCAAACAUGAAGUAUCAACAGUAUAGAACUAUUCGGGACAGAGAGCUGUGA